GGGAUCAGACCAGCCAUUCGCCCCUGCUAACUCGAACCACAAACAUGCAAGCAACAACAGCAAUCCUUUUCGUCUGCUUGGUAGCAACAAUCCAGUCAAGUUUUGCACUGAAAUGCUACAUGUGCGACUCAUUGGUCAACAAAAAAUGCCAUGAAGCUGAGUCCCUAUCAGACAAAGAAGCUACUGAGUGCAACAAUGAAAUCAUAAAUAAAGUCGCAGAUUUCGCAGGCUCGUUGUUCGGUGGGGGAGAAAAGAACACUAAAUUGGAUUUCUCAUGCGCCAAAGUGGUCAAAACGAACGGAGAUGUUACCAGAUCCUGUGUCAUCGGAAAGGAGAGCGAUUGGUGCAGUAAAAUGAAGGAUGCCAAUGCGGUCAAAAGCUGUCAAUUCUGCACAGGCGACCUCUGCAACGCAGGGACCACUUUCCACGCUACUGCCGGCAUCAUCCUCGCGUCCGCCGCAGUAUUAAUCGGCCGUUAUAUGUAAUUAUUCCCUCACAAAAUAUAAUUAUAAUUUCUUCCAUUCUGCAAAAAUUGCGCUUUAAUUCAGAAGAAAAAAUAAACAUAUAAUUAAAGAGCAUUCAACAUUUUAAUGCUGCUUUAUUUUUCGCUGGUAAAAUUGUUUUUGUAUAUUUAUUUUUAAAAAUCUGAUUUUGUAAGUUUUUUUGGAUUCAUUGUACAAAGGAGUUAAUCGUUGACAUAAAAUUACCAUUGUAAGAAUUAUUGUUUGUUAAUACAAAAUUAUAUUCCUGAAUAUUGUGUAUUUUAGCCUGUUUAUUCAUAUAUUUUAACAAAAAAAUAUAUAGUGUUAAAAAAAACACUUUGGCUUAUUAAAAAUAUAAAAUUGAAUGUGCAAAACUAGUCUGUCCCCUGGACGAAUGUUGAUUAAAUCUUCAAUACACCAAUAAAAACAAAGCAUAAUUACAAAACUGCAAUGAUGCAUUUAAUACUAAUUAUAAAAUAACGUCAUUAAAUACUAAUAACAAAAUCUGAAAUAAGAAAUGACUAACUAUUUAAAAAAUUUCCACUAUGAAAUCAACUCAGGGAGACAAGUACAAGAAACUUUUUAAUAUAUAAUAGUAAACAGCAAGUACAAUAGUCAUGGAGAGAUGCAUAUAGAGAUAGAGUAUAAAGAUUGUUACUACGCAAGAUUAAAUGUUAUGCUAAAAUAAGUAGAUUUGUGCAUUUAAUAGGAUCAGUAUUGAUGUUUUAAAAUAGCAAUAUAUAAUUUUUUUAGUAUGCGUACAACAUGAAUAUUUUGCUACAUCAAUCUAUCACCAUUGAAAUGCCUUAAUCAAAUGCAUUUAUAAACGACACCAAGACGAACGAAUUUCUUUGUGACAGCUUUUCUCAGGGAAACAACGUAUUGGAAUUGUAAAUUUCUACAGCUGUAUAUUGUGUGUUGUAAUCGAACGCUCAAUCUUUUCACAAUUGUAUUUGUCAUAUGCAGUUAGUGCAUACUGGAAAAUUGACAGAAUAUUAGCAAUAAAAUUAUUUUUGUUUGUUUUGUACGCGUGCGAACUUUACUUCCAUCAGCCACCAAUCAAAUGCCUUAAAAGUUAACCACAUUUAUGAAAUCACACGGUCUUAUAAAACA